GUUUCGAAAUCGAGACAGCAGGGCACCUCGGCAGACUUUGCGCGCACUGGACUCAAACUCCGCGCCCCCCUUCAAAGCAUCGCCUAUCAUGUGAAAACGGCGGCCACGAUCAUGACUAAACACGGCAGUCCGCCGCGCGCCAAUCCUCAGCCGGUCAGCCGCUGCUGCGCGCCGGCUUGCCAAAACAGUUCGGACAACACGAGCGGCGUGUCUUUUUUCCGAUUCCCCAAAGACGAAGAGAGGUGCCGAAAGUGGGUGGCCAACUGCGGGCGGCUGGACCUGCGAGACAAGCCGGCCGAGAAACUGUUUGCCAACUACCGGCUCUGCUCGGCCCAUUUCACGAAAGAGAGCUUCAGCAGCACCUACCGCAACAGUCUUGUGUGGAAUGCCGUCCCCACCCUCUUUAAGCAUGGCGAUCAGGUCGUGUCCAAGGGUGCGACCAGCACGAGAAAGCUGCUGCCUGGUCGAAGCCAGCAAAAGUACCGGCGAUUCUUUGGCUUCGCAAGUAAGUGUCGGACGUCUGUUCAGCGGCGGCCGCACCCUUUUGUGCCAACGACUGCUGUUGGCCCCUUGAAGCCAACCUCCAGACCGAUGCCUGCGCCAAGUACCCCUGUAAAAGAGGAAACCAUCAAGGAGCAGCAGCAGGUAGCCGUGGAAGACGACCAGCUUCGUCUUCCUGAUUAUAUCGAAGACCACAUGUAUGCUGCCCCCACGGUGCGUCUAAGCAACCCGGCUGAGAAGACAUCUCCCACAACACCGAGGUUCACAAGCUUCAAGUUUGACCCUGAGAACCAGAAUCGUCUCGUGAUGAAUGUUGUCGACGGUGAGGACCCCGUCGCCCUCAAGGCUGCCAUGGAGGCAGUGGAAGCAGCGCUUCCGCUCCUGCAACUCAGUCAGCAGCCACCGCUCGUCCAGCAGUCAGACGUGGAUAGCACCACUGGGUCGAUGACGACACCGACCAUCACCUACGUCACCAUGCCUGCCGAGACCUCCUCUGCGGCGGAGGGAGGAGGCGAGGGCAUCGUAAUCGAUGGCGAGCCCAUCGACACUAUACCCGCAGGGACGACGUUCACCGUGACAGUGCGGGACCCAACGUCGACAGAGGUGACUGUCUACCCGGCGUACCCACCAAAUGACGACGAUGGUGUCCUGGGUGACGAGUUCGCCGAGGAGGACCCUCAAGACUUCCUGCCGCAGUGGGACGUGCCCGCUCACACCAGCGGUCGGCACCGCAACUCUCGGAAGGGACCUCGACUUAUGCAGGACUUUCUGAUCCCGCACCUCGACAGCGCCACGUUCGGUGAACGCCUGAAGUGGGUCGACCGUGACCAAGGCAUCUUUCAGAUCGGCUGGUACCACAAGAACGCAGCUCAGUGGACAAAAGAUGACUGUGUUGUGUUCUUGGAAUGGGACAAACUGAAGAAGCGCCCUGUUGCCCACAAUUCACAUUAUUGGAUGGAGGCCAAACAGCGCUUCCGGGCUGCCCUGGGUAAAGUGUCGUUAGGAUGGAUGCCGCCGAACCGUGAUGAGUACAAGAAUGUCAAGCUGCGAAAGAUAAAGUGGACGAAUGACAUGAAGCCACCGCAGGGCUUGCGCUGGAAGUCGUGGAGCGCACCGGCUCCAGCUCCGGCCGGGCGAGUCCAUCGACCCACGAUCAGCCGCGUCCACAAGGUCAUGUUCUCGUUGCCCUCCAUGGACGAAGGGGAGGAAGAGGAGGACGGGGACAGCGUGGCGGCUGGCGAGGUUGCCGUGUGCCGCCGGUGUGGCUACGUGACGCGCAACCAACGGGUGUUCCUGCGCCACCGCAUGAUGCAUCGAGACGUGCGGGCCUUCUGCUGCCGGUACUGCCCAGCCCGGUUCUGCUUGCCGGAAAGCCUCUUCCUGCAUUUGCAGGUGCACACAGAGAGCCACCCCUACACAUGCUCGAGUUGCGGUGUACGCACGCGCCUGCUGCUCCAGCUGUGGCGCCAUGAACUGCGCAGCCUUGCCCAACGGCUCUGCCUAUGCCAUCGCUGCGGCCUCAUCUGUCACAUCCGCGAAAACCUGCGGCAGCACCUUCUAAAGGUGCACAAGGUCAGCGUGUCGAGCGCAUUCGACACCAAGCCCUUCCAAGUGUGCCCCGGUCCCACUGGUGCCGGGACGGCUGCCAUCACCACCGUCCCGUUCAAGCAGCCAACACAGUCGGCCACUGGGAAGCCGGCAAGCAAGCGCCCGAGGAAGGUGGCAGCCAAGCCAAAGACCGAGAAGACAAGCGCGUGCACAGCGAAAGCCGGGUCAAAAAAAGCCGGCAGAGCCUGCCACCUUGGCCAAGCCCCACAAAUCCACCCUCAAGUCAAAACCUGGAGUCAGGCGAGGUAGGGUUGCCAAGUCGAAACUUUCCUCUUCCACCGACAGAAAGUUUGCAGCUCCACCGAGCACUAAAAAGGCCAAGAAGGAGGCCAACGAAAGCAAAGUCUCGGUUCAGAAAGCCGGCGGUGCGACCAGUGGCGGGCCAGAGAUGCAGCAGGAGUGUAAAGUGGAGACUGGAGCUUGCGGUUUCGAGCGACACCGUGCACACGGCAAGAAAGACAGCUCCCAAGGUAGCAGCAGUCGGCAUGCCGACAAUGUUGGCAUUCCAAACGCCCUCGGGAGAGGUGACGCUCGAAGGAACAGUGCUGGCUGCCACUCCCACGGAACAGGGGAGACGGAAGACGCAGCGCAUUCGCAUUCCGAAGCGCAAGAUCUCGGUCUAAGUCGCAUCGACUGGACUCUGAAAAUAAUCUGGUAGACGGAGCUCGGUCACUUGUAUGGCCUAGUUUGGAGAGCGUUUGUACAUUUUUUCUAAUACCUGUCUCGGUCAAAUGUGCCGAAGCCUGGUUUGAGCCACGUGCCCAUGAAAUGUCAAGGCAAUUAGAAAGAAAUACUAUUUAUCAGUGAAGGGCAAGAAUGCAAUUUCAUUUAUACUAAGCAGUAGUUGCUCAAAACUGUGUCUUGCGAAAAUGGGGCACUUUUCCUGAGAACAAGGGAUUUGCACAAAGGCGACAUCAAGGUACUCUAACAAAAAAAAAAAAAAAGCUGUAAACGUUUUUCUAAUUCUGCCUCAUUUUCUAUGUUUGUACGUAGGUGAACGCAAAAUUGCAGAAUACCAACACAGUUUUCACGUCAGCAAGAUUGUGGGAGUCACAUAAUUGUGACACUUUAUGGCACUUUUUCAGUAUACCGUAUUUACUCACAUAAUCCUCGCACUUUUUUUGCCGGAAAACCGAUGAAAAGUUGGGGGGUGCGAGAAUUACACGGGAAAACUUUCUACGAAAACGUACAGAGCAAAAAAGAAAACGAAAUAACCGCAAAUCGAGAUUCUCAUACCAACAAGUAACAGCAAGCUUUAAAAAGUACUAAUUAAAACUUACCUCAACAAUAAAAGCAGAGGUUCAACACAAGACAAGAUUAAAUUGAGACACAAAAAGUGGAAGCAAAUAGUCGAGAAUUGGAACACCAUACGCAAAGCUUGUGAACGUUUCAGGCGUAGCGGUAGUGUUCGUCGCUCAACAGGAGCCCUCAAAAGGUAAGCGUGGGACGUCAGUACUGGGCUGAUGGCUAUUUAACAGAAUUUUUGGCAGUUUCCUUCUUAAGAAAUAAAGUUUACCAUCAAUCCCAAGGGCCUACCGGCGGCCCUGUUGCCGUUCUUUAGUGCAUCAUCUAUCACUUGCAACUUGAAAGCAGCCGUACAGCUUUACUGUCUCCUCAUAACUUGACAAGGUUACCGACGCAACAUACAAAACACGCCGCAAGGCUCACUGGCCAUUUCGGCUUCACUCGAGUUGAAUUGAAUCUCUGUGCAAUAGUACGCUUGAUGCUUAAGAGAUGACGCCAGAUGAAGUCGCGCUAUUAUCAUCAGUGGCCGGAAAGAGCAGACGACAUUAUUGCAGCAGUUUUCGGGGGUGCAAUAAUUACUCGAGGAAAAAAAAAUCGUAUUUUUGUUGGGCGAUGUGGGGGGUGCGAGAAUUGUGUGAGUGCGAGGAUUACGCGAGUAAAUACGGUACUUGUCCUCACUUCAUCAGAUAAUACUUUCUAGAAUAGAAAAAGCUGUUUAAUAAGCUUUGAAGCUUGCCUUGUGCAGUGUGUCCGGGAGUUCCUCAGUGUCGCAAACACGGUGGAGAGCCAGGAACGUCAUUGCGUAACAAAGCACGGACACAUUUAUUUCAGGUGUUAAUUUGCCACGUCACCGCUGGUAAUUCUACACGCGUGCUUCAGGUGUCCAAGACCUUUCAAGGUAUUGAACCAAUGUGCUCAUUUCACGAACAUCAUUCCUGUCUGUGCCGUCAACAUCUCGUUAUUUUUGUCUGUCAUCUCCCCCCCCCCCUCUUUCACAGCUAUCUUUUGUCGUGUGGAGGUGCCUUGAGAAUCACUCUUAAGCACUUUUCAACGGAGCAUUCUCUCAUGUUUCUUUUUUGGUCAUCAGAAUGUUGAGCCAUUACGAUCCUUUCUUGUAAUCCCUCAUUGUGCAGAGUGUAUGUCUGGAUUUCUAAUGUAUAUUAAGCAGUGAUGAAAAGUUUAGCAAUGUGCUUGCAUCUAUAAUCAAACAUCAUCAUGGCAAAGAUGCGCGUGAUACAAAAGUGACUGCAUUACAAAUGUACAUCCGUGCCACUUUGCUAACCGAUAAUUCUUUAUAUACACGUUAAUUACCCUGAGGUUUCACUGUAGUAUGCAUUUUACGAUGCGAUAAUGAAUUAAGAAUGCAGUACAGAGUGAAGGCGUACCUAUACUGAGUGGAAUCGUUAGUGGAUUGUUGCUAUGCUGUGUGGCUUCUCACUACAUCAUGCAACAGUUACACACAACUGCCACAUUUCGUCUUGCUACUAGAAGUGCUACACGUUUGAACGAUUGCUUUCGUUGUGUAAUUUAUCUUUAUUUCGUUGUUUCGUAGUAUUUCAUUAUUUAGCUGGCACAGGUGGCACUUGACAUGAACAUUACUAGUUAUUGGGAGCACGAGCUUGCUGUUCUCUCGCUUCUUCGAGAUUCAUUGAAAGAUGAACUUAUUCAUAUAGUAAAAUUGCCCGUUUCCAAGCUGCAGGGGCAAACACGUUUCGAAUUUGAGAGGUUUUGUGAGCAACCAUUCUCGCUUUGUUCGCUGCUUUCUUUUCAUAUUUGGAACCAUGGCCUGUGCCAAAAAAUGAAGACAAAUGAAUUUCCUCAUGUACCCUUAUUUACGAUUUGCACGUAUUCGCGAUGGCUUGCACAGGUGUGACUUUUUUUUGUUUAAUAUUUGCAUGGAGCAAUUGUAAAUACUGCUUGACUCGUUGUGAUGAAGUAAAAGCUUGUUUCAUUGCAGGUUUCA